AUGGUGGCCGCUGUCGAUUGGCACUACCUUUUGGCCUCUGGCGGACACGACCCGCGAAACGAGCUCAACAUUGUACACAUCUGGACGCCCGCUUGCAACCAAAUUAAAGGCACAGCUGAGGUGACCAGCACCAACAUCGGCCAGGUUUACGUUCGAUGCACUGGGCCGUAA